GUUUGCCGCGUGCAGUUGCGAGCGACGCGAAAUAUUUCCUCCCGCUGCGUUGCGGUUGGCAAACAGUCAAAACAGAAAACAGUCAGCCCGACCAGAAAAAAGUCAGGUCAACCAACGCAGGGCGGUAGCAACGCGUCGGCGAAACUCACCCGUCUUGGCUGUCCCGUCUUGGCUGUCCCGAACAGUGGUCGGUAAUUCCGCACCCGGCUUUUCUAUUUAUUGGGUCUUGGCCUGCCUUCGUUUUAUUUCAACCGCCUCGCCCGACAUCCUCGCGACCUUCAGGCAGCUGCACGCGACAUCCCACAUGCCGACAAGCCUUGGUCCAAAAGCCCAGACGUGAUUGGAAUUGGCUACGGAUGCGACGGAAUCACGGACGUCCCCAAAUCGCGGUGCGCGGCAGUAGCCUGGCUGCUGGGCUGCAUGAUUCUGCAGCUACCACGACCACGAACACGACCACGACGAGGAUCAGGACCAGAGCACCGCAGCCGCCCACUCGAACUUCGUCUGUCCAGGCCGCGGCUGGGUAGUAUCCCCUCAGCGGCCUCGCCAACGGAAUGCUGCCAACCUCACUCUACGGGACCGCCGACGCGCGGGGUCACGCGGUGCCCAGCCCGGCCUACGACGCGUGGCUGUCGGAGCUGCCAGAGCCCGUUAGCCCCGGCGAGCGUUUUGAGCGCGAGCUCCAGUCGUACCCGACCGGGGUCAUGCGCGGCGCCAAGCGCAAGCGGGGUGACUUCCGCACGGAUGCCACCGAGCGCCAGCGGAGCGACUUCCCCACCGACGCCGCCGAGCCAGACGAGAACCGCCACGAGAACCGCCCGGCCACCUCUGCCUCCUUCACCUUCUCCCGCCGCCUGUCCUCCAUGUUCCAGCCCCCCCACCACCAAGAACCACCCGCCGCCGCCAUGGACUCCCGCCGCUGGAGCCUCAGCUUCCGCCCCUUGAGCAGGGCGUCCAUCUCGGCCGAGCCCGGCUGCGGGGGACAGCAGCCCCCGAGAGCGCACUCACGCCUCAGCGGCAUAUUCCGACCGGACCCGCCCCUGUCCUUGGCGGAUGCGCCACCCAGGGUUUUGGCGCUCGAGGACGGCACGACUGGGGACUACCGGCUUCAGGUCGCGUUUGUCGGCGACGCCACGGUCGGGAAGACGAGCCUGAUCAGGCGCUUCCUGUACAACCACUACGUCGACAGGGAAUACAACCCGACCAACAAGGACCUGCACGUCGCGCUCAUGCCCUCGGAGGCGGGCGUGCCGUGCCGGGUCGAGAUGCACGACUGCGGCGGUGGCCAGGAGGAGAGCGAGAUCAGCCACCUGACGCGGUGCUGGUGGGACGCCGUCGUCAUUUGCUUUUCGGUGGGCGACGCGACGACCCUGAGUGCGUGUUUGAACCGCUGGGUUGCUGACGCCCGCCAAAACGCCGAGGGGGUCCCCAUCAUCCUCGCCGGCCUCAAGUCGGACCGCCGCACGCCAACCCUGCAGCUGUCCUUUCUCCAGGAGAACGAGGUCGUCAGCCGCCAGCAGGCCGAGCAGGCCGCGCGGGCAAUCGGCGCCGACAGCUACGUCGAGUGCUCGGCACGAAACAACGAAAAGGUCACGGACCUCUUCAGGACUAUCAUCACCACCGCCCUACCCAGGGUCAUGGAGAAUGCCAAGCGCGCGGCAGACAGGAGCCACGGGAAGCGGCGGAAGCCCAGCGUGCUGUAUGGCACCGGCCGCGUGCUGCGUGGGCUUCUGCGAUCCGCUAGCCACCGGCGGCCGUCCACGGCUAGCAACGCGACUCCGCCGAGCAGCAGAGGCGGUCGUGCCGACGACGGCGCCGCUAUGGUGCACUACGAUCACAUCAACGCCCACACGGCCGUGAACAGGACCGACACUCUGAAUGGUAGCAGCACAGUGAACGGCUACGGAGCGGUCAAUGGCGGCAGCACUCUCAACGGCAGCUACGAAUUCUUCAAGGCUAGGUAGUGAUGCAGCAGUACCACAGCAGGCUGCCUCUCGACUUGCUACCGCCACGACACCUCGUCUCCCCUUUUGUUGCCAGUUUUCUUUUUCUUCACUUCUGUGACAACCCAAUUUGAUGUCAUCUUCAACGAGAUGCAUUCUUGUUCUUGUACGGGCUUGGCUUGUCGUAUUGUCUAACGUUCAGGGCACGGAAAGCCGUCCCUGCAGCGGGAGUAUUGCUCCAUUCGAUAUUGAUAUUUUCCGCGCUUCCCACAUUAUUGUCCCUUCGCCUGAGGAGUUUCACGGUAUCCAAAACGGCCUUACUGCAACACAGGCUGAGAAGGGACUGCGGGGGUUUGACGAGUAAACGAUGUCAUGUACUAUUACCUUGUUUCUUAUGCCCCUAGGUUUACCCUGAAUCACAGCGGAGCCAUGUGUUAUACGAAUUAACUCAAAUAGGGGUUGCCUCUUGAUGGG